AUGGAGUUCGUCAUAUUGAUAUAAUUUUCCACAACAAAACCUAUAUAUAUAAGCUGCAAUCAAUACAUAUUUCAGGUUUUAACACACAACAUUCGUUGCAGUCCGUAAUUAAACAUGGAGCAUGAUUAAACCCUAGAUCAAAGGAGUCAUCCGAUUCAGGGCGUUUUGAUCGCACAGAUGGAGUUCAAAUUGCGUGAUUACAGAGCCGAAGAAGAAGCAUAUUCACUCACUCGUGUUUCAGUAUCUUCACAUCCUCUAUGUUCCUCUUCAUCUUCAUCUUCAUCACAUACGCAGGAUAACGUGAGCGUCGAAUUCUUUGAUCCCUUGAGGGCUCUAUCAACAGAAAUAUCGGAGCCUGUUGAAGAUACAUUUGUUGCAGAAAAGUAUCCUGUUAGUCAACCAGCCUCUCAUCUAUCGGCAAAGGAAUGGGCAUCUUUCAAUAAGUUGUUAAUGCAGAGAUUUCCCGUGCCAAAAAUGAUUUCAGUUUCUGCUUCGUCAAGCAAAACUAUUAAAGGCAAGAAGGCAAUCGGAGAACUACCUGCAAAUACGCAGUCAGACGAACUGAAUGAUUCCGAAAAGUUGACUGAAAAAGGAUUUAAGACUGUAAGCCAGCAGGAGUAUAUUAAACGAUUGCAUGAACUUAAAGACGAGAUCAAGCGUUCUUGGCAUUCUGGUGAUCGUGUAACAUCUUUAAAGUUAUCAAUUAAGGUUGCUAGGCUUCUGAUGGACACCUGUGUGGCACAAUUUUAUCCAACUUUAUUUGUUCUAGCUACCGAUAUAAUGGACAUGUUAGGCGAUAUGGUAUGGGAGCGAAUUAAGGAGAAAGCUGAGUUUGCAGAUGAUGGGACCAAGGUUUGCACUUUAUCAGAUGACUUUGAAGCAAAUAGUAUAUGCCUUGAAGCCAAAGAGACGUGCAAUAACUGGUUCAGAAAAAUCGCCUCCAUCCACGAGCUUCUUCCACGCAUAUAUCUUGAGCUUGCGAUAUUUCCAUGCUGGCGGUUUCUGCGUGAUGAUGUCACGGAUAACCUCAUGCGUCUGGUUAUGAUGAUAAGAGGAAUUUCAGAUCCAUUGGCUUCAGCCUACUGCCGCUUCUUUCUGAUUCACUGUGCCCAAAAACUUCCCCAGCGUGAUACAGGGCAUCUAGUAAAUUGCAUCAGUGAUCAAAAAAUUUUACUUAGGCAAAUUAUAUCUACGAAAGGAACCAAGUUUGGGAACUUUUUGGGAGAUAACAAGUUGCUUAUCAGCUUGAUGGAACCAACAAUCGAGUAUACUAUGAGAUGCAUUUUUAAGGAUCCAAAUAAGAUUGCUGAUAUGAUUGUGAGACUUGAAUUAGGAAAAAGCCCAUUAGAGUUAUACGGGAAAGUUCCUUGGAUAUCAAUAGUUCUUCAUUAUUUACUCAAGGUGCUUCCAACUGAAGUAGUUUGUUCCAAUGCAUUGGAAAUUCUUCACCUUGUUGACUGUAGUAGUGAUUAUACGUUUGACCAGUGUUUAAAUUACAAGAUGGUUGGGUUGAAGCUUUGUGAGGGAAUAGAUCAAGUGAACACAGUUGAUGCAGUUAUUGAUGAAGUAAUUCAGGCUGCUACUAAAAAGAAGAUCCUUGAUGAGUACUUGAAGAUCUUGGAUGCUUAUAUGGAUAUUAUUCUUCAUUACAAUAUGGAUCGUUCUCUAAGUUCCAUUCUAAGUGAAAUAUUUGAAAGAUUGUGCAAUGAAGUGGUUACCGAAGAUGAACUUUCUACCCUGCAAUCAAUUGUUGUAAAGCUGAUCACACAUUUUGAUGAUAUGAAAUAUAUUUUUGACCUGAAUUAUUUUGUGGACAUCUUAGAUGUCAUGCAUGGGAGCUCAAGAAGCAUUGUAUGUAUGCACAUCCUCACUAAGGCAACAAGAAAUAAUCACAUUGAUGACCCUACGACGGUAAAACUGCUUUUUGAUGUUGCUCAGUCUCUGCAUGAUAAUGUUGACUUUUCCAACACGAGAUCGGAUGAUAAUCAACAGGCAGAGCGUUUGGUUGCUCGUUUUGUCGAUAAGGUUGACCAUGGUAUGGAGUUAGAUCGCCAUUUGACAUUCUUGGUUGAGUGUCGUGGAGCUUUCAGUAGCAUGAAUGAUCUAAAGGAGAUCCUUGUUCAUUCCAGCAAUCUUCUAGCAACCAGAGCUUUGAGAGAGAAGAAAAAUAAUCUCAAUUUUAUCAAAUCUUGCAUCACUUUUAAUGAAGUUACAAUACCAUGUAUUCCGUCUUACGCCAGGCAGUUAAUCUUAUAUCUUGAAACCGCAGAGGUUUCUUUGUUUGGAGGCUUGAUUUCUCAUGCAGAUGGGAUUUUAGAUUCUGCAGUCUGCUGCUUACAAAAUGUUUCUUUGGUAGAUGGCUUGCGGAAAUCAAAUGAAGAUGCUGAUGGUAUUGUUUCCUUAACCAGAAAGCUGUGCAGCUUCAUGCUCUUGGUUCCAGGUAAUUUGGAACAAGGAGCUAUGUACAUUCCUAAGAGCAUAUUAUCCUUGCUUGAUUCACAAUCAUGGGUUACACCAAAACUAAGGAUAAGGGUCUUAUGUUCUCUUCUUUCAUUAUCUGCAACAUUUGCUCAAAACGAGCUCCCAUAUCAUGCGAUUCAUGAAGAGGUUUUUGGCAAUGACCUUUUGUUUCAUGGUGAUGCAAUCUAUUCUCAAGAACUCGGGUCGUUAUCUAGGGUUAUUCUUCAUAAUAUGGUUGAUACUAUUCAACAAGAACCUUCACAGGUUACACGAGGAAAACUGGCACUCGAAGCUUGCAACUGUAUCGCCUCAUUUUUUAAAGUGAAUCAUGAGAUAUCGUCGGUAUGCUCUAAGCUGAUGGAAACGGCUGUAUCAUGUCUUGGAGGUGAUGAUAAAUAUUUGCAGUCAACUAAUAAUUUUGUGCAUAAACAGUCCCCAUUAUGCGUUGGGGGAGAAUGAUUAUUUAUUGAUAUUAUAGGAGGAAUCAACACAAAAUGCAGCAUAUUUUUGUAAUGUCUUUUGUUGGAAACUUUAUGCCGUUGAAACAAAAUAUUGUGCAAGUUAAAUGUAUUUUUCUAACACAGAUUAUUAUCAUCAUAAAUUUAAGUUCGUCGAAUUUUCAAAGUA